AUGAAGCAUGUGUUGGCUAUAAUUAAGGAAUACUUGUCUUUAGUUAGAGUUGAUGCUCUAAUUUUUGAUUCUAAAAAGCGUCGCCGCGGUAGCCAUACAUUGGUGGUUCAAAAGCGACGAAGAAGAUUGCUGCCAUUUGUUCCUACAAAGGAUCCACCAAGACAGUUGGUACAGUUAGGAUCUCAUGACGAGGCUUUGCGAGCUCACGGCAUGGAAUUCUGCAACGAGCUGACUUAUGUGCCUGGCAUGGCCGACAGAUCAGAAAAUCAAGCCAAGUUCAAAAAGGGAGGAGGAAUUCAGAUUCUUUCAAGGGAAGAUAUCGCGACGUUGGAGCUGUGCAAAGCUAUGAACAAAAGAGGAAAUCUUCCGCCUCUUCUUGAAACGCAUGAUGAAGUCGAAGGGUAUGUUGUCCAAGCUGAUGGCCAUAUAAAGGACAUGACCCUAAUUGGCGAAUAUGCAGGGGACGUCGACUACUUCAAGAACCAGUUUCGCGACGAUUCUGAUAGCAUGAUGACCCUCAUUUCUGCGACCAAUUUUGUCGAAAGCCUUGUAAUUUGUCCCGAUAAGCACGGGAACAUUCUCACCUUCAUUAGCGGCAUAAACAAUUCAACUCGGGAAAGUAAGAAGAAAGUGAAUAUCAAGUGCCUGAGGUACGAUGUGUAUGGUGAGUGCAGGGUUAUUCUCGUUGCGGCGCGGGAUAUUGCCAAAGGCGAGAGGCUGUACUAUGGUUACAAUGGCCACAAACACACCUAUCCGACUCAUAAUUUUUUCUGA